GCACUGCUGGUGUUUGUGGCCUCCCCAUGAGGAAAGCUUUGGACAGACAGGGGCAACCUGCCCUUGGAUGUGCACCUUUGGGCUGAUGCAUGGGCUUCUUACCGGCUUCAGCACUACAAGUAACACGGUGAAUACUGUGGAGAGGGAGUAGAAGAAGUGAGCUGCUCUAUGGAUAAUGCAUUGGGUUCUUCUGCACAUAUGUAGAAUAAGGUCCAGCUAGCAAGCCAGAAGUGAGGAAGUUGUGGAAGAAGAUUGCUCAGAGAAGCAGAAGGGAUAUAGUACAGCUGGAGUUUUUAUUGGAAGCCAUAUCUGUCCAGGAUUGAAAGGAUGAUGGGGAUGUAAUUCAACAGAUACAUUUGGAGGGACCAGAAAACAAGGUCAUCAACAUAUAACUCAACAACUAUGGCUGAGAAGUGCAAUUAAGGCUAUCGCUCUGUGACAAUGCAGCAAACUCUGCUGGAGCAUGAAGAAGGCUCAGAAGUUCAUAUCUGCCUUGAGUGACGUUUGACAAAAAAUGUUACAGCGGUUUUGUCUCUGGAAAUGGUUAGCUGUAGGGAUUGCAGUUGCUACUAUCUUAGCAGUUUGUUUGGCCCAGAAUGAUGAAGAUUGCAAAUUGGCCAGAACAGGUCCUCCAGCCACAAUAGUGCCUAUUGAUGAAGAAAGUCGGAAUGGCACUAUACUGGUUGAUAAUAUGCUGAUCAAAGGGACAGCAGGAGGGCCGGACCCCACCAUUGAACUCUCCUUAAAGGACAACGUAGAUUACUGGGUGAUCCUUGAUCCUAUCAGCCAGAUGUUAUACCUAAAUAGCACUGGCCGAAUUCUGGACAGAGAUCCGCCAAUGUCCAUUCAGUCCAUUGUGGUGCAAGUCCAGUGUGUUAACAAAAAGGUUGGUACCAUUAUCAACCAUGAAGUGCGGAUUGUGGUGAGAGACAGGAACGAUAACUCUCCUCGGUUCCAGCAGCAGCAAUACUAUGUGGCAGUAAAUGAGUUAACUCCAGUCGGAACAACCAUCUUUACAGGUUUUUCUGGAAACAGCGGUGCUACUGACAUCGAUGAUGGUCCAAACGGCCAGAUAGAAUAUGUCAUCCAGUACAAUCCUAACGACAAGACUUCCAACAGGACCUUUGAUAUUCCUCUCACUUUGUCUGGAGCAGUAGUUCUACGGGAAAGACUAAAUUAUGAAGAAAAGACUCGUUAUUUUGUCAUUGUUCAAGCAAAUGACCGAGCCCAAAAUCUUAAUGAGCGAAGGACAAGUACAACCACCCUGACAGUAGAUGUGCUUGAUGGGGACGAUUUGGGACCAAUGUUUCUUCCUUGUGUCUUGGUGAAUAAUACUCGCGACUGUAGGCCUCUCACCUACCAAGCGAGCUUGCCAGAACUGACUGAUCCUGCACACGUGAAUCCCAUCAGUGUCACUCCACCCAUACAAGCCAUAGAUCAGGACCGAAACAUCCAGCCUCCUUCUGAUCGACCGGGCAUCCUCUAUUCCAUCCUAGUUGGUACUCCUGAGGAUUAUCCACAGUAUUUCCAUAUGAAUCUUACAACAGCUGUACUGACACUCCUAAAGCCAAUAAAUAGGGAUUUACACCAGAAGUUUGACUUGGUUAUUAAGGCUGAACAAGACAACGGUCAUCCUCUUCCUGCCUUUGCCAAUCUGCAUAUUGAAGUCCUUGAUGAGAACAAUCAGAAGCCUUACUUCACAAGAUCUACGUAUGAGGGCUUCAUCCUUGAAUCCUCCCCAGUGGGAACGACCAUCUCUGACAACCAGAAUCUGACUUCUCCGCUACAAAUCAUAGUGUUGGACAAUGACGUGGAGGAGACCAAGGAUCCCCAGCUCCAUCUCUUUCUGAACGAUUACAAUACAUUUUUCACUGUGACUCAGAGUGGCAUCACCCGCUACCUCACCCUGCUGCAGCCUGUUGACAGAGAAAUCCAGCAGCUUUACACCUUCUCGAUGACAGCUUCUGAUGGUGUACAGGAGAGUGUCCCAGUGACAGUCAAUAUCCUGGUGAUUGAUGCAAAUGAUAAUUCCCCAGCGUUCUCCAAUAUAUCAUACAAUGUCAAGAUUUAUACAGAUAUGAGGCCUGGGGAAAGUGUUGUAAAGCUCACCGCUGUAGAUGCGGACGAGGGACCCAAUGGACAGAUAGUAUAUGAAAUUUUGGCUGGGGAUCAGGGAGACUUCAUCAUCAAUGACCGAACAGGCCUUAUCACCAUUGCUCCAGGAGCUGUAUUGUCAGUGGGGCGAUCCUAUGCUCUCACUGUCAAAGCAUCUGAUAGUGCUCCUCCUGCGCAGAGAAGAAGCUCUAUUACUACUGUUUACAUUGAGGUCCUUCCGCCCAACAACCAGAGCCCUCCCCGCUUUCCCCAGCUGAUGUACAGCCUUGAAGUCAGCGAGGCCAUGAGAAUUGGAGCAGUUUUGUUAAACCUGCAGGCUUUUGAUAGAGAGGGUGACCCUAUAAGAUACCUCAUUCAGAAUGGAGAUCCUCAACAAGUUUUUAAUCUCUCUCAAAGUUCUGGACUGCUAGCCUUAGGAAAGCCCUUGGACAGAGAAAGCACUGAUCGCUAUAUUCUGAUUGUUACAGCCUCGGAUGGCAGACCAGAUGGGACCUCAACUGCUACUGUUAAUAUAGUGGUGACGGAUGUAAAUGACAACGGACCAGUUUUUGAUAUGUUUCUACCUAAAAACCUGUCUGUACAGGAAGAGGAAGCCAAUGCUUUUGUUGGUCAAGUAAGGGCUACAGACCCAGAUGCUGGUGUUAAUGGUCAAGUUCAUUACAGUUUGGCAAACUUCAACAAUCUUUUCCGAAUCACAUCAAAUGGUAGCAUUUAUACAGCAGUUAAACUGAACAGAGAAGUAAGGGACUAUUACGAACUUAUCGUUGAAGCAACAGACGGAGCUAUGGACCCACGCCGUUCAACACUGACUUUAGCGAUCAAGGUGCUGGACAUUGAUGACAACAGCCCUGUUUUUACUAAUGCUUCCUACACUGUCUGCGUGCCAGAAAAUCUACCACCAGGCACUGUCUUCCUGCAGAUAGAGGCGAAGGAUGUUGAUCUUGGUUCUGAUGUUAACUAUCGAAUACGGACCCAGGAAGCACUACAGUAUUUUGCACUGAACAAGUAUACAGGCGAGUUAUCGCUUUUGAAGUCCUUGGAUUAUGAAUCAUUCUCUGACACAGAAGCAACCUUCACCUUCCUCGUGGAAGCCUUCGACAGCAAGGGCACUAUGCCUCCUGGUCUCGCUACUGUCACAGUAAGGGUAAAGGAUAUGAAUGAUUACUCUCCAGUAUUUAGCAAAAAGCUCUACAGGGGAAUGGUUGCUCCUGAUGCAGUCAAGGGCACUGUUAUCACUACUGUUUCAGCUGAGGAUCAAGAUCCUCCGGGCACACCAGCAAGUCGAGUCCGAUACAAAGUAGAUGUUGUCCAGUUUCCUUACAGUGCCAGCAUUUUUGACGUGGAUGAAAACUCAGGACGUGUAGUAACCCGAGUAAACCUAAACGAAGAGCCAAGUACAGUGUUUAAGCUAGUGGUUAUUGCAUAUGAUGAUGGAGAUCCUGUGAAGUUCAAUACCACUACCAUAGAAAUUGCUGUACUGCAGCCUUCAGUAAUUCCACGGUUUACGCAGGAUGAAUACAGACCCCCGCCAGUGAGUGAAAGUGCACCAAAAGGAACUGUGGUUACAGUUGUUACAGCAGCCGCCUUGAACCAGACAAUUGUAUAUUCAAUUGUUUCAGGAAAUGAAGAGGAUGUCUUUGCUAUUAAUAACAGAACAGGCGUGAUCUCAGUUAAAAAGUAUCUGGAUUAUGAAAGUGUGAAAAGUUAUGAGCUUCGAGUUCAAGCAGACUCCUUACAAGUGGUACGAUCCAAUCUGCGUGUCCCUUCCAAAAGUAAUACAGCCAAGGUAUUUAUUGAAGUGAAGGAUGAAAAUGACCACGUGCCUGUCUUUACCAAAAAAAUGUACAUUGGAGGAGUGUCUGAAGAUGCCAAAAUGUUUUCUUCUGUGCUUAAAGUUAAGGCUGAUGAUAAAGACACUGGGAAUUACAGUGCCAUGCAGUACAGACUCAUCAUUCCUCCAAUCAAGGAUGGUAAAGAAGGUUUUGUGAUUGAAGCUUACACAGGGCUAAUAAAAACUGCUAUGCUGUUCAAAAAUAUGAGAAGAUCCUAUUUCAAGUUUCAGGUCAUUGCAACUGACAAUUAUGGAAAAGGACUGAGCAGCAAAGCAGAAGUACUUGUCUCUGUGGUCAAUCAGUUGGAUAUGCAAGUCAUCGUCUCUAAUGUUCCUCCCACCCUUGUGGAACAAAACAAAGAUCAACUCAUAGGGAUUUUGGAACGCUAUGUCCAAGAUCAGAUUCCCGGUGCAACGGUCGUGGUGGAAUCCAUCGGUGCACGGAGGUUUGGGGAUGGGUACUCUGAAGAGGAUUACACCAAGUCCGACCUCAUGGUCUAUGCAAUUGACCCACAAACAAACAGAGCUAUAAUGAGGAAUGAACUUUUUAAGUUCCUGGAUGGCAAACUGCUGGAUAUCAAUAAAGAGUUUCAGCCAUACCUGGGGCAGGGGGGACGCAUCCUGGAGAUCCGCACCCCAGACGUGGUAGCGAACGUCAAGAAGCAGGCGCAAGCUGUAGGCUACACGGAAGGCGCGUUACUUGCUCUGGCUGUCAUAAUCAUCCUUUGCUGUAUGCCAGCUAUUUUAAUAGUUAUGGUCAGCUACCGACAGCGACAGGCUGAAUGCGCAAAGACUGCGAGAAUCCAGAUGGCUUUACCAGCAGGCAAACCAGCAAGCACCGCUGCCAAUAACCUCUACGAAGAGCUUGGCGACAGCACCAUGCGAGGAUAUGCACAGCAAGAGCAACAGCAGUUGCUGAGACCUUCUCUUCUCAGACCAGAGGAGUUAAGUAUGGAGUCUGGAAUUGAUCCAGGGCAGGAAUACUAUGGGCAAGAUUACUACAGUUACGAGCACGGGUAUGAACUGCCUCAGUACGGGAGCCGCCGCCGAUUGCUGUCUCCUUCGGGGAUGUAUGAUGAGUAUGGGGAAGUUGUGGUGGAGAAUGAUGGUGGCUACUACUAUAGUCCACAUGGAUCGGCAGCAGAAGAGGGAAUGAGUCAAGGCAGAGGUCCUUCAAGCAGAGUUGUAAGCCAGAGAGCAGGGGCUCAAAUAGAAGGUAGCCCUUUAGGUGGUGGGAUGGAUCUAAGACAUGGUUCUGGAAGAGCAUAUAGGACCAGCCAGGGAAAAAGGAAACUAAGAGCAGUGAUGCAUUUAAGUCGCGUAGCAGUCAGUGCUCACAAAGCAGUAGGAAGAACUGAGUCUGCUCGUUCUCCAUGGAAGAAAGCAAAGAUAUUCCCGAUGAUUCUGCAGAAAGUCAAAGGCAGUAGGAAAGAUUCCAGUUAUGCCAAGUUGAUGUCAGCUCGCCAAGUGGAUGGUGAGAAAAGCAUGAUUAUCAGGGGAAGUUACUUCCAGAAAUCAACAGAUGACAGACCUUCGAUGAGAAAACUAAAUCAUGUGUUAAAACGCAUUAGUGUCUCCAGAAAAUUUCAAGAGCCCAUUGGCGAAGAUUCGGUGCAUGCAAGAGGAAAAGGAGAGGAAGAAUAUGAAAGAGAUGAAGCAAAAUCAGGAGUUUCAAUAAAUAUCACAGCAGAGAGUGAACAUGAGGAUAGUGAUUAUGAGAAGAAGAAGAAGAGAAGAAAAUACACUUCAGAUGAAUCAUCUGUGAAGAGUAGUAGCUCUGGCUCAGAGUCAGAAGGCAAAGACUACUUGAAAGUAACUCUGGACCAAGAUGAAGCCACCGAAAGUACUGUGGACUCAGACGAAGAAACUGGGCACGAUUUUGGGGAUUCUGAUGACGACUCUGGAUCCAGCUCUAGCAGUGAAUCGGAGGAGGACUCAUCUGAAGAGGAUGAUGAUGAGGAGGACUCUGACAGUGAUGAAGAUGUUAGCCUGUCAAAGAGCUCAUCUACACGAAGUUCAUACAGCAAAUCAGGGACUAGUGAGUCCAGCAGUAUAAGAAGCACUGAAAGGUCCGGUAUAAAAAGUAGGGGAGGUAGCUCUCGUGGCAGAGCAAGGCGAUCCAGCCAGAAAUCAAAUAUUAGCUCUAAUGCAUCAGGUAGUGACAGGGACACGAGCUACAGGAAAACUUCAGGAUCCAGCUAUAAGAGCAAAACCUCCUCCGCCAGCCUUGAAAUAGAAGACACAAUAGAAGAGGUGUCAGAAGAAGAUGAACAAGCGGAUGUGGAGCAAGUCAGUGCAAGCCCCAAUGAGAUGGCAGAUAACUCAAAUAAGGCAGUUUCUGAAACAUCUGCCACUGCAAAAACUACUGCUACUGAAGAAGACAAGAGAGGAAAAUCAGCUGUUAAUGGUGAGGAUAGCGUGGAUGAAAGCACAGAAGAGGUUGAUACAGAUGUUAGUGACAGGGAGGAAACUAUCAGUAAGAAUGAAUCUUCUUGCCUAGAAAGCGAAAUCAGUGUCACUUCCAAAGGUACUGAAGGGACAAAAAGCACAGCUAGCCCCACUUCUGGUAAAACUGCUACUUCCCCUGAUACUGAGAAUCAAAGUUCUGACACCAACUGGGCCAGAAAGAAAAGGAUCAAGUUGAUAGUCGACCCAGAGUAUGAGACCAGCUCCACUGGAGAAGACAGUGCUCCUGAUUCCAGCCAGAGGAAUCGUCUUAAUAACCCGAACAUUCAAAACAACAUCAAUGGUAACAUCUACAUUGCACAGAAUGGCUCUGUUGUCAGAACCCGUCGUGUUUGCCUUGGUAAUAAUUUAAAAGUCACGUCUCCAGUGAGGCUGGGGAAACAAUUCAAGAAACUGGACAAGCUUGCAGUGACACAUGAGGAGAAUGUCCCACUGAACACCUUGUCAAAGGGACCAUCUUCUAGUGAUAAAAUGAACACAAGACCUUGCAGUGUCUCCUUUGCUUCCUCUACUAUAGGGGCCGAAAAUAUAGUAACAAAGCCAGGGGGCUCCAAAAUGAAAAGCACAGAAGAGCACGAAUCGGUUGUUGAUAAUGAGGAUGUCAAAGAGCCCUUGGAGUCGCACAGUGAACACACACAGUCAGAUGAAGAGGAGCUCUGGAUGGGCCCUUGGAACAACCUUCACAUACCAAUGACAAAACUGUGAUUUUUUUUUUUUUUUUAAUUUUAAUUUUUACUUCAGUUUAUAAUAAACUGCGCUUUUUAUUGUCACUGAGGAAAAUGUAUGAAAUUUGUAUUGUGCACAUAUGUUGUAUACUACAAACAACACGCUUUAAAGUUUAAAAACAAAAUUUGCACUCACAUUUGUACCAAUUAAUUGUCCUCCCCAACAACUAUUUUGACAGGCUCCCAUUUCACUAAACAAUACUUCAUUUAAAUUAAUUAGGGUUUUUGGAUCUUGAUUUAUUGUUUAAUAAACAGUAAACUACUAAUAAAUGCACAGCAACAUUUGGUUGACUUUUCAGACAGUUCUAUACAUGCCUAGCUUGUUUUUCUGUAUGGUACUUGUGGCUAUACUGUUUAGAUUUGGAAAUUGUCUAUUUAUGUUCAAGAUUUAUAUCCAGAGCUCUUGAUUCUGAACUCAGAGUAAUAAAUUAAAAAUAAAUCCAUGAAAGUCAAUGGAGCAAAUCCUCGGCUGGCUUAAAUUUGAGUAACAAUACCAAAGUCAGUAGUGAUAUACCAGUUUAUGCAAACAGAGGAUCUCGCUCAACACCCAGCUAGCAAACUUAUGUAAGAGUGGAAUUGGAGUUUGUAUGAGUGUAGCACCAUUACAUAGAAAAGUAGAAUAGAAGAUUAAAUAAGAUAAAAAUUACAAAGAGGAAGGAAAUGUAUAGCAAUUAAUCUUAUUCAGAGUUACCUGGCCGUGGUUUGUUCAUUUUCUUUUGUAAAUUAGCUCAUUCCAAUUUUCUUCUCUAGUCAAUUUUUCAUCUUUUCAUCUCUUCCCACAUCAGUUCUGUUUUCUUCUUUAUACGGUCUUUAGCUCUGGUUUUUAUGCUCCAUCAAUAAUUGUCAUCCUAUGGCUAUAUUCCUCCGAAAUAAACCAGGAUGAUACACGAG